AUGGGUAGAAGAAAUUAUAAAGCUGGUGUUAAAGGUCCAAGUUCUGCUUUAACUGAAUUUUUAAAACAAGAAGGUAUUACUGAUCGUUUUAGAAAUAGAAGAGAAAUAGAAAGAAAUGGUGGAAAUCAAUCACAAACUUCUGAUCAAGAAAAUUCGCCACCACCACCAAAUCAAUUUCAAACUUUAGAUCAACAACAACCAGAAAAAGAUGACGAUGAUGAUGACGUGUCUCUAGAUAUAAUUAGAAGUUCACCAACACCUAAAGAAGAAUCAGAUGAUGAAGAAAUUAAAUUAAUGAGAAAAGCUGCUAAAAGGAAAUUAAAAGCAAGACGCGGUGGAACUACGCGUAAAAAUCCAGAUUCUUCAGAUGAUGAUUCUCAUAAUGAUUUAGAUGGUAAUUAUUCAUCUGAUGAAGAUGAUCUAGGUAAUGCAAAUUUGAAAAAAUUUGGUGAACUAGAUCAAUGUAUUGAUUGUGGCAAAUCUAUUCAAUUAACUGUAUAUUCAAGAUUUAUAAAGGAGAAAGUUGGUUAUUUAUGUGAUGAAUGUAAUCAAAUAUUAAAAAAUAGAGAAAAACAAGCUAAACAAAAUCAAUUAAAUGCAAGAAAGAAGAGGAAAAGAACAGCUCAAGCAUUAUUAAAUAAAACAACUAUAAAAUUACCAAAAUUACAAGAUGUUUGUAUUAAAAAGAUUACUUCAAAUAUUACCGAUGUUGAUGCUUUGGGAGAUAUUGGUCAAUUAAAUUUAGAUAAAAUUUCCAUGAUUCUAUCUAAAAAUCGUUCAUUAAAUGAUCAAACAAUGACUUUAUUUUUAUCGCCAGAAUUAAAAUCAUUAUCAUUUUGGGAUUGUUCAGAUGUAGAUAGUGAUUCAUUGAAUAAAAUAGCUGCAUUUUGUCCAAAUUUAAAAUCAUUAACUUUAUUCAUGUGUGGUCAAUUACAUAAUGAUAAUUUACAAUAUUUUGCAACCAACCUAAAAAAUUUAAAAGAAUUUAGAUUAAAUGGUCCUUUUUUAAUUAGUGCUAAAAUGUGGAUUGAAUAUUUUAAUAUUAUAAAAGAUCAAUUGAAUAAAUUUGAAUUAAGAAAUACUCAUAGAUUUACAAAAGAUUCAUUAACUGCAUUAUUGGAGAAUUGUGGGAAGAAAUUGACAAGUUUGAAGUUAUCAAGAUUGGAUGGAUUAGUUGAUCAAGAUGUAUAUAAUGAAGUACCAGAAAAGAUAUCAUCAAAUAGUUUAACACAUUUAGAAAUUUCAUAUCCUCCAAGAGAAGAAUGUGUAACUGAUGAUACAUUAAUUAAAAUACUUGAAAAAUGUGGAGAAUCUUUAAUAUCUUUGAAUGUGGAUGGUUGUAUUGGAUUGACUGAUAAGUUUUUAAUUGAAGGUGUAUGUAAAUAUUGUAUAAAUUUACAACAUUUAUCAAUGAGACAAUUGGAUCAAGUUACAAAUGAAGGGUUUUCACAAGCUUUUGAUGCUUAUUCAAAAAUUAAUGCAGGUGGUUUAAUAGAAGUUGAUUUGACAAAAUGUGAUGAUAUCGGAGAUGAAGCAAUUUAUUCAUUAUUAAAUCAUUCAUCACAUACUUUAGUCGAAUUAAGUAUAAAUUCAUUAUACAGAAUUACAAAAGAUUUCCUUUCACAAAUAUUUAUUGAAGAUCAUACACAAUUCAAGAAACAGUUAAAAGCAAGAGUAGAAAAGGAAAAAGAAUCACGAUCACAAUCACAACCACAACAAGAAGGUGAAGAUGAAGAAGAAGAAGAAGCAAAGGAUGUUUUGCAUUAUUAUCAUUAUAUAAAUUUACCAUUAUUAACUUAUUUAGAUGCUGGAUUUGUUAGAGCUGUAGACAAUCAAAUUUUACAAUUGGUAGGGGAAGGAUGUCCUAGGUUACAAAUUAUGGAAGUUUAUGGAGAUAA